AUGGCAGUACAAACAGUCGGGCCUCUAAUAAAUUCUAUAAAAGAAGUUUAUUCUGUUGCCAAAAGAAGCAUGAAUAAAGAAAUUUAUCCAGAAGAAAAGAUAAAUAAAAAUAAGAAAAGGAUCAAUAUAAAUACUUGAACGAUACCUUCGGAAGCACCUUGCGAACCAAAAUGCAGACGCAAUAGUAAAAACUAUAAUAAUAUAGGAUAUAAAUAA